AUGACGAUUUAUGAGCUUAUUUCUUAUCAUAACCUUAAACAAUUUGAUGAAGAUCAAUAUAUCAUUGCCUCGUUUGUGGCACUAUACUCUCUUGGAACAACCAUCAUUUUAGGUGUUGAUAAAUGGAUUCACACCACUGCAUCUGCAGUAAUACUGUAUGCCACGAGGACCAGUUUUACCACCUUCCUCGGACUGAAUAUGUUUUACUACUUUCAGAUUGUUCCUGCUCAGCUGCCUUUUUUGAUCUGGGUGAAGACGCACAUCAAAGCCUUUAUGUACUUGGCAUUGCUCUUUGACAGAAUCUUCUUUUUAUUUGAAUUCAUUCUUGGAGUUAUGGACCCAUGGAAAGAUAAUAUUUCUGGAGACUUGAAUUCAACCAGUGUUCAAAUAAACAUCACCAAAGAAAACAUAGAUGUACAAGAUUACCUAUCAGUGGCACACUUUUGGCUUAGAUGUGUCUAUUUUUUCUUUUGUCUUGUCAUUAUGCUGGCAUCAAGCAGUGGAACCGUUCUCUACUUGAGGAGUCACAUGAAGAGAGUAGAGGAGAACACCAGCUCUUUCUCUAGCCUUCAUCACCAGAGGCAGAUGAGAGUGACCAUCAUGGGCAUUAUACAGAUGGUCCUCUUCUUUCUCUGCUCGGUGUGGCUCAUGACAGAAGAUCUUAUUCUUUUUUAUUUUGUUAAAUGUUUUGAUCAGAGUAACCAUGCAAGUAGCUCUGUUGUGGCACUAUACUCUCUUGGAACAACCAUCAUUUUAGGUGUUGGUCAGACAAAAUUCCGGCUUAGGAUGAUAGAUAUUGGAAAAAAACUUCUGCAAACCCUGAAAUUUUCAUCUGAUUGA